AACGAAAUGUAGAGAAGUACAGUAGUAAGAGUAACAUUGUAGCCGCUACCGGCCGAGGGGGCGCGCCGGGGAGGGGACGCCGCACCCCGUUUCUGCCGCAGGGAUUUUUCCCCCCUAUCAGACUCCGAGGGAGGAGGCUCUGGCCCCAGUCCAAGCCACGUUCCCCCCCAGGAAGCCGGACUCUAUGGGGCGGGACCCUGGGGGAGACUGAGCAGAACCUGGAGCCAGUCCCGAACCCCUGAAUCUCAAGCCAGGGGCGCCCCGGGAGCCUUCACCCCGUGGGCGCACCGCCCGCCCGUGAGCAGCCAUGAGUGAGACAGUCGUCUGCUCCAGCCGGGCCACUGUGAUGCUUUAUGAUGACAGCAACAAGCGGUGGCUGCCUGCUGGUACAGGCCCCCAAGCCUUCAGCCGGGUCCAGAUCUACCACAACCCCACUACCAACUCUUUCCGGGUCGUUGGCCGGAAGAUGCAGCCAGACCAGCAGGUGGUCAUCAACUGUGCCAUCGUCCGAGGUGUCAAGUAUAAUCAGGCCACCCCCAACUUUCAUCAGUGGCGCGACGCCCGCCAAGUCUGGGGCCUCAACUUUGGAAGCAAGGAGGAUGCAGCACAGUUUGCCACAGGCAUGGCCAGCGCCCUAGAGGCACUGGAAGGAGGUGGGCCUCCUCCACCCUCGGCACCUCCCACCUGGUCAGCCCAGAACGGCCCCUCCCCGGAGGAGGUGGAGCAGCAGAAAAGGCAGCUACCGGGCCAGCCAGAGCACGUGGAGCGAGAGCGCAGGGUCUCCAAUGCAGGAGGUCCGCCUGCUCCCCCAGCUGGGGGGCCACCCCCACCUCCAGGACCACCUCCGCCUCCGGGCCCCCCUCCACCUCCGGGUCUGCCUCCCUCUGGGGUCUCAGCGGCAGGGCCUGGAGCAGGGGGAGGCCCACCCCCAGCGCCCCCUCUCCCCACAGCACAGGGCCCUAGUGGUGGGGGCACCGGAACCCCUGGACUGGCUGCAGCCAUAGCCGGAGCCAAACUCAGGAAAGUCAGCAAGCAGGAGGAGUCCUCAGGGGGGCCCUUGGCCCCCAAAGCUGAGAGUGGGAGAAGCACAGGUGGAGGGCUCAUGGAAGAGAUGAAUGCCAUGUUGGCCCGGAGAAGGAAAGCCACACUGGUUGGGGAGAAACCUCCCAAGGAAGAAUCUGCCAAUCAGGAGGAGCAAGAGGCCAGAAUCCCAGCCCAGACUGAACCUGUGCGAAGACCCUGGGAGAAGAACAGUACAACUUUGCCAAGGAUGAAGUCGUCUUCUUCGGUGACCACCUCUGAGGCCCACCCCUCUACGCCCAGCUCUGGUGAUGAGUCAGACCUGGAAAAAGUGAAGCAGGAGCUACUGGAAGAGGUGAGAAAGGAACUGCAAAAAGUGAAAGAGGAAAUCAUUGAAGCCUUUGUCCAGGAGCUGAGGAAGCGGGGGUCCCCCUGA